CGCGAGCUUGCGAGAGGCGGACGUAUUUAUUUUUGCUACUCUUUUUCGUUGACACGUUAUUCGUUAAAAAUGUCUGAUUGGUCAGCACCUGUGAUUUUGAAAUUUUUGGAGGCUUAUAAAAAUAAGCCAUGUCUUUGGAAUUCCAAAGAUGCCGAUCACAAAAAUCGGCAAAAGGUUUCUAAUGCAUGGACUGACCUCAGCACUAUAAUGAACAAAAGUGUCAAGGAGUUGAAGAGCAAAAAAGAAAUACUAAUGGCAACGUUCUGCAGAUAUCUGAAGAAAAAAAAUGAUUCUAUUCGGUCCGGUGCAGGAUCCAAUGAUGUUUAUACACCGGACUGGUUUGCCUAUGACCUGAUGGAGUCAUUUUUAGGACCGGUAUAUACCUGCUCCAAUAACGUUAAUUCAAAGGAAAGAACAUUGCCAGAAGAAACUGCACCUAUAGAGGACGAAGAAGUUGGUCCAGCUUCCGACACAGCGGAACGGCAAAUGUGGUCUGCAUUUCGUCAGUUGAAAAAAUGUUUAAGGAAAAGACAAAAGGAAUAUCCACCACAUCCCACCACACCACAUCCAAAAGAAGACGAUGACUGCGAUCUUUACGGAAAAUUAUUAGCCAAAAAGCUGCGUGAACUUUCACCAGAUGAGAGGAUUCUAUUUAUGUAUGAUAUAGACACAUUGUUUAUAAAUAGAAUCAAAGAGAGGCGUUCAUCUCCCCACUCAGCCCCUAAUCAGUCACAUAAUAUAAACCUUAAUAUAAACUCACAUAUGUCAUAA